AAAGAAAAUAAGUAAAACGCAGACGCGCAAUUCUGUUCGUUAGAGUUCUGAGGGAAAACAGAGAAAACCCUAAUUCGAACGCUUUUGGAAUCCCUAAUUAGGAGCCCUAGUAUUUGCUUCUACUGUUUUUGGAAGAGUCGAGCUAAACGCGGCGUUUUUGCGAUGAUCGUGAGCCAGAAUUUGGUGACCGAAGCGGAAAUCCUUUGUCAGCAGAGCAUUCCCAUGUUGGACGUUAAGUACCACCUUUGCGUCGCGCACGAACACGGUGUUAAGGUUGAGGUUUCACCUACCUCCAACGGUGUUCCCAUCUUUGGCCAUGUGCGAGUUCCAUCUGAAUCGGUUUCCGCUGAAACGACUCGUUUUGAAUCGGUUGUGAGUUGUUCUGAGAUGAUUGAAGAUUCUAUUUUAGAGACUCCUGCUGCCAAGUUUACACCGAAUGUUCGAUCUGGUUGCUGUGCUGAUAUUGGAGCCAGGAAAUCAAUGGAUGAUGAACACAUUCAAAUAGAUGAUCUGGCUGCCCACCUUGGAUUUGUUUUUGAGCGCCCUAUACCGAGUGCAUUUUAUGCCGUUUUUGAUGGUCAUGGAGGUCCUAAUGCAGCUGCUUUCCUUAAGAAUAAUGCUAUGACAUUAUUUUUUGAAGAUGCUGAUAUGCUGCAAUCAUAUGAUGCUGAUGCACUUUUUCUGAAGAGGUUGGAAGAUUGUCAUCGAAGAGCUUUUUUAGAUGCAGACCUUGCCUUGGCUGUUGAACAAAGUGUUCCCGGUUAUUGUGGGACAACAGCAUUGACUGCCCUUAUACUUGGAAGGCAUUUGCUGGUUGCUAAUGCAGGUGACUGUCGAGCUGUUCUUUGUAGGCGAGGAGUGGCUGUUGAUAUGUCCCAAGACCACAGACCAAGUUAUACUCCAGAGUGCAAUAGAGUGAUGAAGUCAGGUGGUUUCAUUGAUGCCGAGGGGUAUCUCAAUGGGACUCUUUCCGUCUCACGUGCCCUGGGCGAUUGGGAAUUGAAAGUUCCACUUGGUUCUGGCUCUCCACUUAUUGCUGACCCAGAUGUUCAGGUGGUGACAUUGACAGAGGACGAUGAAUUCUUGAUCAUUGGAUGUGAUGGGAUUUGGGAUGUAAUGUCAAGUCAGAAUGCAGUUAGUAUCGUGCGGCGGGGAUUAAGAAGGCACGAUGAUCCACAACAAUGUGCCAAAGACCUAGUCAAGGAAGCAUUACGCCUACACACUACAGAUAACCUUACUGCGAUUGUUAUUUGCUUGUCCUCUGUUCAAAGCAUUGCCGAAUCAUGUCCACCCCAAAGGCGAAGAUUCAGAGCUUGCUCUCUUUCUGAAGAGGCCAGAAACAGAUUGAAGAGCUUGCUAGAGGGGAACUGAAUGUAAAUACAAUUUUCAUGAUUCAGAAUCAUUCGUUGUGUUCGGAGGCUGUUUUAGAGUUAGAUAAAAGUGGCCAUCAGUUUUGUAGGGAUAGAAGAGGGUAAUUGGUGGGGCAUGGGGCGUUUAGAUGUAUUUAAUUGGGGUGUUUCUCUGGGUUAUGUGGGUGCAUGUAGAGACAAAUGUAGCUAGCUAAUUUUGGCGGGAACCAGUGGGCAUUGUUCCUACGUCUGUAAAUAAAAGAAAUGAAUGAUUUAGACUUAUCAGCAAUAUUAUGGGUGAAGGCGACCUCAAAAUUAG